AUGGAAUAUACAAGGGGUCGAAUUUUCAUGGAUCCAGCUCUCCCCGAACUAAAACCGAAUGAACGGAGAGAGAUCUAUAACGAGGCUAUUCGCACACUCGGCAAAAUCCAUACCGUGAACCAUGGUAAAGUUGGUCUGGGUGAUUAUGGUCGAAAAGAGGGCUACAUGCAAAGGAAUCUCGAACGAUGGGCGAAGAAUUACGAGAUGGCAAAGACAGAUGAUAUUCCCGAAAUGCAUCAGCUGCACGAUUUCCUUCGGAAAAACAUUCCUGCCGAUGGCGGCGACGUCACGAUUGUGCACGGCGAUUUUCGUUUGGAUAACCUGGUAUUUCAUCCAACUGAAAAUCGUGUGAUUGCUGUUUUGGACUGGGAAACGUCCACGAUUGGAGACUCUUACGCGGAUCUGGCCACUUUCCUCUUUCCACAUUACAGUACCAUCAAAAAUAAGGUGCUACCUGGAAUGGGUCAUCAUUCUGAAGAAGACCUUCAUCGACUUGGAAUACCAACGAUCUCGGAGGUUCUUGAGCUGUACGCUCAUACCCGACAAGUAGAGCCAAUUGAUCCGAAUAAAUGGGUCUUCUAUAUCGCAUUCGUCGUCUUCCGUUUCGCCAGCAUUAUUCAAGGUGUAUACAAGCGAUCUCUUCAAAAGAACGCUGCGUCUACAGAUGCGCACAGAUUGGCGGUAGUGCCAAGGCUACUGGCGAGUGGAGGUUUGGCGAUUAUAAAAAGGAUGCAGCACGGAGUCAAGGAGACCGGGCUUCUUGCUGUUGUUCCACAGUCGCUGUCUGCGAAGGCACAGAAGUUGUAUGAAAUCGUUAAGAAAAUUGUUCACGAUGAAAUCAUACCGUUGGAGGCCGAAGCAUUACAGUACUAUCAAGGACCAGAACGAUGGACACCGUAUCCGAAACUCGAGAAAAUCAAAGAGAAGGCGAAGUCAAUGGGUGCAUGGAAUCUCUUCAUCUCCGAUCACAUUGAUCCGGACGGAGUCUAUGGAGCUGGCCUGACCAACGUGGAAUACGCUCACAUCUGUGAACUGAUGGGCCGGAGCCCAUAUGCGCCCGAGAUCUUCAAUUGUCAAGCGCCAGAUACUGGAAAUAUGGAAGUGCUCAUCAAAUAUGGUACCGAAGCCCAGAAGAAAAAAUGGCUUGAACCUCUACUGAAGGGUGAAAUCAAAAGCUGUUUUGCUAUGACGGAACCAGACGUAGCAAGUAGUGACGCAACAAACAUACAGGUAGGUUCACGAGGAUUUUUGAAAAGCAGUCAGGAGUGCUUAUUCUACUGCCCUCGUUACCGUCAUCACAUAUUCGAUAAUAAUAAU